UGCAUCUUGACGUUUCAAGGCCGCUCUAAAAAAAUCCAAGAAGAAUCAGAAGAGCCAAGAUGGCGGCCUCCACUGCUUCACGUGAACUCUUCACGGAGGGAGUUCGAGCAGUUCUUCGGACGUGGCCGGUUCUACAGAUCGCCGUGGACAACGGGUUUGGAGGCGUGUACGGCCAGCAGAAAGCUGAUUGGAUGGUGGAUGUUGUUCAGCAGUAUUUCCAUGACAAUGCUGACCUGCAGCAGUAUGAGGUUGAGGACUUCCUGACACAGUUGAUGGAUCAGGAGUUCGACACCAUGGUGGAAGAUGGCAGCUUACCUCAGGUGUCUGCCGGUCUGCUGCAGCUGUUUGAUCAGUGGCAGCAGGGGGCGCUGCAGCAGCUCCAAAACACCAUUCAAACUCUGACUCACAACAAGACACCAAGGGCAAAGGUCACAGCUCCGCCCACGCAGUCGGACUCAGAGAGUGGUGAAGAAACACAGGUGAUGGAGUGUGAAGAGUCCAGACCCUCCAGCAGCACAAUACCUCCCCCUCCUCCUCCUCAGGACGAUGAAGAUGGCUGGACGCUGGUCCAAAGGAAGAAGUGAGGAACAGAAAUAGAACUUUACAAACUGGAUUUUAACUGGACUUUAUUGGACUUGUCUCUGAGCUGCUGCCACCAUCAUGGAGACAGAAAUGUAUCUGAAUGUGAGAACUCGCAGUAGACUAUAGACGAUAUAUAUUUUCUGCUUAUAAAACAUGAAAACCUACAUUUCCCCAA